AUGCCUAAGUAUGCGAAGUUCUUAAAGGAGAUUCUUAGCAACAAGAGGAAGUUAGAGUACUUGGCGAUCGUGACCCUAAAUGAGGAGUGUUCGACUAUACUUCAGAGCAAAUUUCCAAAGAAGAAGCGUGAUCCAGGGAGUUUUACUGUCUCUUGUGUGAUUAGUGAUUUGAUAAUUAGCAAUGCUUUAGCUGACUUAGGAGCUAGCAUUAAUUUAAUGCCGUACAGUUUGUUUACCAAGUUGGGGCUGGGGGAUGUACUUGUUAAGGUUGAUAAAUUUAUACUUCUUAUUGACUUUGUGAUCAUGGACAUGGAUGGUGAGAGUAAUGCAUCUUUAAUUCUAGGUCGACCUUUCCUUGCAAUGUCUAGGGCUAUUAUAGAUGUAGAGGAUGAGCAUGAGCUAUCCAAUGAGAGUAUGUUGGAGCAGCUUGCAUUUUUGUUAGCUAAUGAACUAAGCAAGAAUACUAAUAAGUUUGUUGAGAUUAAUAGGGUAGGUGUGCAGAAAUUGAGGCCAUCACUUGCGGAACCACCAUUCCUUGAAUUGAAAGACCUUCCAAAGCAUCUUAACUAUGCAUAUCUGGAUAAGGACAAUAGGUUGCCUGUUAGUGUGGCAGCGGACCUAACAUCAACAUCAACACUUUAA